CAUGCAGCCACCGGAGCAGAGAGGGAAAUGUUUUUGUAGCUCUCUGAAUCAGUGCAUUGUGCAGGAAUGAGGUCCCCCCUGCUGGCACAUCUUCUUCUUGCCCUGCUCCUGGCAGCAGGGAGAGAUGUAACAGGGGAGGAGAUGGACAGGAAGCCCAACUUUGUUCUGAUGAUGGUGGACGACCUGGGCAUCGGUGAUAUAGGAUGCUACGGUAAUGACACCAUCAGGACUCCCAACAUAGACAGACUUGCUUCUGAAGGGGUUAAGUUGACUCAGCACAUUGCAGCUGCUCCUCUCUGCACCCCAAGCCGUGCUGCUUUUAUGACAGGUCGCUACGCGUUCCGCUCAGGAUUGGGUAGCUUUGGCCGUGUGCAGGUGCUGCUGUUUCUUGCGGGUUCGGGGGGGCUGCCACCCAGUGAGACCACCUUUGCUAAGAGGCUGCAGCAACAAGGAUACACCACAGGCCUAGUGGGUAAGUGGCACCUGGGUGUGAACUGUGAACACAGAGGGGACCACUGCCACCAUCCGAACCAGCAUGGCUUCAGCUACUACUACGGCUUACCGUUCACCCUGUUCAACAACUGUGUGCCUGGAGAGGGAAAUGAUAUCCUGGCAGACUUCGAGCGUACACUCCGAUAUCUGACCAUGAUGCUUGGGGUUGGACUUUUCACACUGGUGUGUGUCCGUGUGUGCGGCCUCCUAGAAGUCAGCCUGCGGCUCUUGGUAGCACUGUUCUUUCUCAGUUUCCUAGCAGUCGCUCUGUGGUAUGCUCCCUUUAUGCUCCUGCAGACUUGGAACUGCAUCAUCAUGAGGAACCAAGAGGUGAUCGAACAGCCAAUGACAGUAGAGACAUUGCCCGAGAGGCUGCUGGGAGAAGCACAAAACUUCAUAAAGAGGAAUGUUGAUCGUCCAUUCCUCCUCUUCUUCUCAUUGAUCCAUACCCACACACCACUCUUUACAACCCCCGCAUUUGCUGGCAAAAGUCGCCAUGGUCGCUAUGGUGAUAACCUAGAAGAAAUGGACUGGAUGAUUGGUAAAAUUACAGAGACGGUAGACUCCCUCGGCCUAGCCAACAAUACACUGAUGUACUUUACAUCAGACCAUGGUGGACAUCUAGAGAUUUCUGAUUCCAGAAGCGGCCAGAAAGGAGGCUGGAACGGCAUCUAUAAAGGUGGUAAAUCUAUGGGAGGCUGGGAGGGUGGGAUCAGGGUGCCUGGUAUUUUCCGCUGGCCUGGCAGACUAGCAGCUGGAAAAGUUGUGGACGAACCCACUAGCCUCAUGGAUCUGUAUCCAACACUGAAAUAUUUGGCCAAGGACACACAACCAGACAGACAAUUGGAUGGAUAUAACCUCAUGCCAGUGUUGGAGGGGAAGGUAGAGCGAUCAGAGCAUGAAUUCAUGUUUCACUACUGUGGAAUCUACCUCAAUGCAGUACGCUGGCACCCACCUGGAAGUGACUCCAUAUUCAAGGUGCACUUUUUCACUCCCAACUUUUCUCCCCCGGGAGCCGGUGGAUGCUACGACACAAAGGUUUGUCUGUGUCAUGGAAAAUUUGUGACGUAUCACAACCCACCACUGCUGUACGACCUGUUCCACGAUCCCUCAGAGUCCCGCCCACUGUCCCCUGAUACUGAGCCACGAUACGCUGAAGUUCUUGAGCAGAUCGUCAAAGCUGUGGCGAGACAUCAGACUACCAUCCCAAACAAGCAGGUGUCUGAUGAUACUCCACAACCCAAUGCAGAUGAACCCAGCGUUGAAAGCCAGAUGACAUGGAACAAGAUUCUGUGGAGACCCUGGCUUCAGCCCUGCUGUGGGACUUUUCCAUUCUGCGGCUGCAAAGAGAACACAACGCAUAUUUAAGGAAAAAAAUCCACCAGACAGUCCUAAAUAAUUGACAAAGAACAGCCUGGAUUUGGUAAAGCUCGUCUUGUAGCUACAACAGGGUUUCACUUUUUCUCAAGAAUUGUUCAGGGUGCAUUCAUGAGCUCUCACCAUUCCAGUACUCCAGAGUAAUUCAGUGAUGUGACUUGAAAAUGUUUGGCUGCAGGCAUGCAAAGUUGUCACCUUUUGGUAAAAUUUGACAUUUGAAUCUAAAAUAGGUCACCUACAUUAUUUGUGUAGAUCCCCUGAGUUUUUGAAAUUUGAGCCGGGGGGUCUGGGUCUAUGAGGAUAGAGUGAUGAGGAAUUAAAUGAGUUUCUGAGUUAUGGGGGAAAAAAAAAGAAAUAAGCUUCUGGAACCUGAGCCGGCCUUAAGGUAAUAACCUCUUACAGUAGCAAAACAGAUGAUAACCUUAGUUGGUUUGUAUAUGUCAAGCUUAGCCUGAUUAGGAUGAGUUGUUCUGAUUUAGAAUUAGCCAUCACAAUUUGGAUUUAACAUUAGGCGAUAGCCUUAUCCUUAUUCCCAUUGAGUGUAAAGUUAGCUAGCUUGUUAUUCCAAAUUCCACUCGUUCACCAACGUUACCAUUUUGCAAACAAAUACAACAUAAGUUGAGCUCCUCCGCCAAAGUGCCAACUAACAAUGCUAGUGUUAGCCCCUAACUGUGCGUUCACACCAAACGCGAUGAACGCCACAAGUUUCCAUUUAAAAUCAAUGUAAAUGACGCGAUGACACGCGAUGUCGCUUCGGGCGACGUGUUUCAGGCGAUAAGAGCGACACGAUGAAGCGAUGACGCGUCCAUCGCCUCAUCACGUGUGUCGCUUGAAGUUGAAAAAUUUGAACUUUUCAAGCGAUAUCGCGUGACGCUGUGCCGCGACAUCCAAUCAGCGUUGAUAUCUUAGCACCUGUUACAUUGAAUUUAUUCUAUGUAUUUCAUUCAUUUUCAUAAAGAAAUUAUAAGCAACUAACCGGAGACAGAUGGACAGGUGCUCCGCAGCUGGGAUGGAGUGCCUGUAGUUGGUGUCCAGGCGGGAGAUCCUCGCACCGAUACGGGCCAACAGGUCCUCAAACUGCGCCAGCGUCAGCCUGAAGUACCGCUGGAAACGACUGUCAUCCAGACGCAGCUCUUGCAGGAGGUGAUGAUAUUCACCCAGCUGUGUGCGUUUCUGGAGGAUAUUGUGAACCCAGACAUGGCGGCGUUUGGGUCUCCGAUCCAAAUCAGAUGUCCACAACAGAUAAAGAGCAGCUACGGUAGUUAACUCAGCCAUGGUUGAUGAGAAAAUAGCAGGAGGUGAAGAAAAUUGCGGGAGGAGGGUUGCGUCAUCGCGAUUGAAGCGAUGAUCAAAAAGGUGACAUUUGUGAUCAAGCGACGAGAUACUCGCGUUACGGGCAAUGACAUCGCGUCCAUCGCGUUUGGUGUGAACGCACAGUAAUGGUUCCAUUUUCUUUAUGCUAAGAUAAUAUUAGCAAGGCUAACACUGACAUAACAUGAUGCAGUAGUGUAGAUAUUUAGCUAACAUGCAAUUACACAACCCCAGCUAGGUUUACGCCUGGCAGAGCCAAAUAUGCACAAUUUAUGUAAAAAUAUACUGUAUAUUAGACUUUUUACAUGCCGUAUCUAUAUAUUCAGUGAGAAAAGGGGAGCACAGAGGAAUGCAAUUAAACAUAAUCAAACACUACCACAAACUAGAGCCUAAAAAUAUAGCGGUUGAAUUAACAAAUUGAAUGAAGAUGUUCUGUUUAUAUAGCAAAACUAUAAUGACAAAAUUCUGUGCGUAAAUUCAAGAUGGGUGGUAACAUCUGUGAUCACUUACUUAACUUGAACUACAGUAUGUGAAUUGAAUGUUCAUUAUCUGGUCUUAUCCAUUUCAGAGUGAGAGAAUUCAGGGAGAAAGAAUCUGCUUUCAAAGGAGAUUGACGCAGGUGUGAGAUUUUUUCGUACAAGCCCUGAACUGAUGCCCCUUACUUUACUUUUAUAGCAGUAAGAUAACAUUAAUUCUAGGGUGAGUUUUCCCGAUAUCUACAUGCUAAAAUCAACUGUAAAUUCACAUGUUAAAGGUGAUAUUUCAGAAAAAUUAUUUUGUCACAUUUUCACCCCUGACGAGUUUGCAUGCCUCUUUGCCUACAGACAGUGUAAAAUCUUGGAUUUCCAUCAAGUCAUUACUUGCAUUUAGAAGCUUUAUUUAAUCUGAAAUUCAAGUUGAUUGCACAAUGCAAUUAAUUGUGUUUUGAUUAAGAUAGAAAGCUUAAAAAAGAUUAUAUCAAUUAAUCAAGCAAUUGAUCACUUACGUGUCACAUGAAGUCAUACCAGGUCUAACUCCAGGGAAAUGCAAUCCAGUCAGCACUCUGAACUUGUAUAUUGCAGUUCAGUCCUUUAUUGCCUCUUCUUUCAUCACUGGCAGCUACUUUAUAAUUGUCCAUGUUUUCAGAUGAGCUGCUGUACAUGCGUUUAUGGCAUUCAGAUUUGUUUUAGUAAUCUAUGGUUUCUGGUGGUGACAUUUUUUAACUGUAGUCUUGGGUACAGUUGCCUUUGUUGUUGUACAAAUUAAAUCCACAACAGACUCAGUGAAUUCAUUAUAUCAUCUGUGACAUUUACAGAGGUGUCCUGGAACGUGCUCCAGUAUUUAAAAUGAAGACACCUUCAAAACUGAAACAAAAUAUUAUUGAAACCGAUCAAAAUUACAGUGAAGAUUAAACAAUGCAAUGACGACACUGUAACAGGGACAAGAGCAUUGUUACACUGUAAACUUGCAAUAGAGCCAAAAAAGAUGCGUCUUUGCAAACAUGAAGGGGAAGUCAGAUGCUUAGAAGUGUGUCAUUCAUCACGUGAAGGAUCUGUUCAGUUUGUGCUCCUAUUUAGUGCAAUAAUAAAAUCAGUGCUUUAAGGAUGGCACAAUAAAAUGUACAUUCCAAAAAA